UCUUGUGUCGUUGGAAAAGAUACCGUUUCUUUUUUUCAUUCUAGUGUACUCUGAGUGUACUACGAGGCGGCUGGGUUUCAAAGAGGAAGGGGAACGCCCCCCACCGAACUGUACACAAUAGCUUACUGAAGAACAGACCUUUCGUGAUGUGUGCAGUUCAUGUCUGAAAGCAGACGUUUCACUCCUGUCUAAUUAGCAUUCUGUUCUCGUCCAUUCAUCGUACUGCCCAUUAUUCCAAAGUCUUCAGCCAAAGCAUGGACAUACGCUUUAAACGUGCGAGCUUGGUAUAUUUCAAGACAUUCUGCCGCAAGGAAAACAGUGUAGCCUACUAGUACUGCAGCUGCAAAACAGUGCACCACUCUACACUCUUAGCUACAUAGCUAAUCAAAUUUAGGGUGGUUAUUAGUUUAUUUUUUUUAACUAAUAGGAAAGGGAGACAGAUUCACAUUCAGGAGGAGUGGGAAGAAAAUCAUUGAAUAAUCAGUUCUCAGUGUUUUGAAACCGUUUGAACUUUUUCGAACCAAUUUUGCCUCGACUCGCUUUUGCAUUCCCCCACGGAGAGCGGUUGCCACGGGAUACACGUGAAGUUUCCCCUGUCAUGGAGAGAGGAGUUUGUAUUAUCCCUGUGGUCGUUCUCAUUUUCCAGGAGGCGGUGGGGUUUAGCAUCAGGAAUGAGCAGCUGGGGAGGUGUAUGCAGGCCCUGGGGGGUCGGCUGGUAUUGGAGGAAUGCAGGCCGGACUCGGGGCCCCAGCAGUGGGAAUGGCGACCCCACACCCAGGCCCUGGUCAGCGUUCAGACGGGGGAGUGCCUGAGCGCGUUGCAGCCCCAGGAGCACGAGAGCGUCCGUCUGCAACCCUGCGGGGCAGGGGGUGGGGAAGGGGGCGGGGAGGGCCAGGCCUGGGGCUGCUCUAAAAAGGGCCACCUCACCCUGUCGGGGACCAAGGGGCUGCACCUCAGCGCCCACCAGGACGGCGCCAAGGUCCUCCUCUCCCAGGAGCGCGGGCGGGGCAGCAAGUGGAGGACCCUGGGAAACCGCACCGUUUGCAACGAGCCUGGGGGACCGCACCACUGGCAUCGCCACGGCAACAAGCCGACCCCGACGCCCGCUGCUGACACCAGCUCCGCUGGCGCUAACGCCGGGCAGAAUGCUGUGGCUGCCCCAAACCCAACUGAAAGUGACCCAGAGAAGAAGCUCCCCUCUCUGCCUUACUCCACCAGAGACCCAGGCCCAGACCCACGCCCGUCCACCACACCUUUUUUCAGCCAGGAGUACGGGCUGGGCUGGGAGGUGGCUAUGCUAGUUCUUACCUCCUUGGCUCUUGUGAUUGGACUGCUCGUCCUCGUCCUCAGCAUUUACUACAACAGGAAGAAGAAGGUGAUGUGCGUGGUGAAGUCGUACACCCCGACCGGGGAAGCCAGCCUGCAAGGGUCCCCGGUGCCCAAUGAGAGGGCACCCCUUACCCGUCACCCCAUGAAGCCCCCCCGGUCCCCCUCACUGCAGAGAGGAGAGAUCCUCAUCGAAUGGAAGGACGGCACCGUCACCCCCCUCUUCGACACCCACACCUAUUUAGCAGACUGAGUAGCACGCACACUAUAUGUAGAAAUACAGAUUAAUAGUGUUACAUACCUGCCUGAGUCUUAGUUUAUGAUAUGCAUUUCAUCAGUGCUGACUAGUAGGCUUAAAUACCAUGUUUAAUUUGCUUUCUUCCAGUUUAUUAACAUUCACAUUUGGGCUUGUGUCUAGACAACAUUCCCAAUGUUCUCAAAAAAAAAAAAGGGACUAGGGCAGUUUGCGCAAUCAAAAUACAGAAUUUUUAAAAAAAAUAAGGAAACCUGUCUCCAUUGAAUUGUGAAACGCCUCAACAUGAAUGUAACAUGAUGCAUGUCCUAGUCUGCCGCCAUUUUAUUUGUAACGUGAAAUGAAAUGAGUUUUUCACUGUCCUUGUGGGACUGUUCGUGUGGAUCCUCCAAGGUCCUGAGACUACUCCAGUAGUGUUGUAUUUUUACUGUUGCCAUUGGUUGGCAUGUGGAAGCUUCAGCAGUAUUAACUUUUUAACAAACUGACUGGUAGCAUGUAAAGUAAAGGCUAUAAUAACAAAAACUUUGCUUUAACAUUGCUGAACAGAAGUUAUUUAAUACUUGUCUCUCCUGCCUACAGUAUUUGAGUUAAGAUGCAGAGAAACUGUUCAGAAUAAAACUGGAAAUGCUCUAACCGAGAAUGUAUUUAUAUGUGGUGGAAAAAUGACUCCAAAUAUACCACAUAUGUACAUUUCUAAUCGUUAAGUAAUAAUCAAUAGUAAUAUUAAAUCAGAAUAUUU